AAAAAAAACAGAAGUGAGCACUGGGUGGUAUAUAAAUAAUGCAGGUUUUGUACAGCAUGUCAACAUGUUUUCCCAGACUCACAUCUGCAUUCAAUCAUAAAGGAUACACGGGCAGAAUAACUUCACAGCCACAAUGGACUCAGUUGCGUUUCCUGAUUAUUACGAUUAUGAUUACGAGAAUUACACCUACAUGAACACUACUGUAGUGGAAGAGAUUGAGGUUCAUGGAAACAAGUCCUGUUUGAAAGAGGGAUCAUGUAUAAUCCUCCUUGUGGUGGACAUUAUGAUCUUUGUGCUGGGCGUUUUUGGGAAUGGAGUUGUCAUCUGGAUCUCGGGUCUGAAGAUGAAGAAAUCGGUCAACACCACCUGGUACCUCAGCCUGGCGGUCUCCGACUUCGUAUUCUGCGCCUGCCUCCCACUCAACAUCGUCUACCUGGUCACGUCCGACUGGGUGUUCGGGCUGUUCAUGUGCAAGUUCACCUCCUUCGUCAUGUUCCUCAACAUGUUCAGCAGCAUCUUCCUCCUGGUCCUCAUCAGCGUGGACCGCUGCGUGUCCGUGGUCUUCCCCGUCUGGUCGCAGAACCACCGCACGGUGCGGUCGGCGUCGGUGCUGGUCGUGCUGGCCUGGGUGUUCUCCGUCGUCCUCAGCACGCCUGCGGCUGUGUUCCGUCGCGAGGGGAAUCACGGCGAGAAGAUCAUUUGUUUCACCGAUUAUACGCACUUCCGACCGACUGUCAUUUUCAGUCGUUUUGUCUGCGGUUUUUUGAUUCCUUUCUCAGUGAUCACCUUCUGCUACACCGUCAUUUUCCUGAAGCUUCAGAGCAACCGCAUGGCCAAGUCCUCCAAACCGUUUAAGGUCAUGUCCGCCCUCAUAGUGACUUUCUUCAUCUGCUGGCUCCCCUUCCACACCUUCAGUCUGCUGGAAUUGAACCACCACAGACACAACCUCGAGGCAAUAAUGAUCGGACUGCAGGUGGGCAGCACCCUCGCCUUCGCCAACAGUUGUUUAAAUCCAAUUCUCUACGUGUUCAUGGGCAACGAUUUUAAACGGAAGUUCAAGAACUGCGUGUUUUCGAAAAUUGAGAACGCGAUUGCGGACGAAGGCCGGACGACCUCCCGUUAUCUCUCGCGAUCUAGUUCCCUGGAUACCAGAGCUUCCACCCACAUCUGAAGCGUCGCUGAAUUUUCCUCUUUUCUGCAGUGGAGCCCACAGAGCGUGCAUCUUGCUGACACCACUAAACACUAGAUCACAAAUAAGUCUUAUGCAUUUCACCCCGUGGUAGAAAUGUCACAUAACAAAUUUUUUUCUAAUUGAAUGUCUGAACUGAAAAUGCACUUUUUUCUUGAACAGGAAAAAAAAAAAACGGAAAUGAUUCACUUCUUCUUUUCUUUCAAAUUAACAGUGCAGUCCAUAACAAUUUCUGUUAUUUUGCCCCUGCACUCCUGCAUUGGAUUUUAAAUGAAACAAUGAAUGAAUAAGGUUAAAGUGCAGACUGUCACCUUGAAUUUGAUGGUAUUUACUUACUGGUUAAUUUGUGUAGCAAUUACAUUCCUUCUUACACAAAGUCCUAAAGUAGUUGAACAGUUGGCUUCUCAGCUUUUUCAGAUUAGUCCGAUGUAUUCAACUGUUUCCUUAGUGCAGGUAUAAGAAAGCUUUGAGUAUCUAGUCUUAAUUCUAGGCUGCUUGGAGAAGGAAAGAGAGCUGUGGUGUAGGUUUGGGAUAAUUGGAUUGAUAAAGGCAUUUAAUCGAACCUGAGCAGAUAAGAUGUUUCUGUAUACUUCUAGCAGCAGUUACAUUAUCAAUAAAGGCAAGUGAGCCAACUGUAAUGCCCUCACUACCAUGUUUCACGGAUGUUACAUUACAUUACAUUACAUUAUUGGCAUUUGGCAGACGCUCUUAUCCAGAGCGACGUACAACAAAGUGCAUAUCCAUAACCAGGGAUAAGUUCGCUGAAAGACCCUAGAGGGAAGUACAAUUUCAACUGCUACCUGUACAACAAAGAUAAGGACAAGGGCCAUUUUUUUUUUUUUUUUUUUUUUUUUUUGAACAAACAAACAAACAAACAGAGCAAAAGUGACCAAAGUUAACUAUCCAAACACUGCUUACCUAGCCAACUAAAACAUGUGGGGGUGCUUUGGUUCUUUUGGACGUUCCCUUUGCCCUCCACACUUUGCUCUUGCCAUCACUCUGGUUUUUCCAGAACUUGACAGACUCUUUUAGUUACUACUUAGCAAACUGUAACCUGUCCAUCCUUUCUCACAGUGGUUUGGGUUUGCAUCUUGCAGUGUAACCUCGAAUGUUUCUUCACCGUGGUGAGAAUUCUUCGGUCAUCAACUGCCGAGGUCUUCCUUGGCUGAGCAGCCCCUUUGCAAUUUCUGAGCACACCAGUGCUCUCGUUCUUACUAAUGAUGAUGUUCCAAACAAUUUAUUUUGGUCUAUGUGUCUGUUUUUUUUUUUUUUUUCUUACUUCCAAUUUCCCAUCAAUCGUAUUGAUUGUUUCAUUUAAAAUCCAGUGUGCUGGAGUACAGAGCCAGAUGAACAGAAACUGUACCACUGUCCAAAUACGUACGGACUGCACUGAAUGUUCUGUGGUGCCUUGCACAGUAAUGAUAUUUUCAUGUUUGUAAUAUGAAUGUUUAUACUGUAUGCUGUAAAAUAAUAAAAACACAAAUAUUGGUA